AUGCAACCUGACAGGCCCUCCCCCUCCACCACCAACGUCGCCCAUGUCAACAGUUACUUCAACGGCGCCAGCCCGGCUCCAGAAGCCCAACAGUCGACACAGGACUCUGGUGCUACCCCUCUGACCCCAAUUACAGAGCAACCCCCUCAACAUGUCACCCCGGCCAGACCCCCAUCGGCACCGGCACGAAGCGUUGCCUUCCGACCUCUUGACCGUCAGCAAUCAGCCAUCCAACUCCGUCGUCUGCGACCGUCCGCCCUGGGAUCCAGACUUACACCGACCAUGACCCACGAGCCCCAUACGCAAGCACACGAUUGGGAAGAUGACCAUGCAACGGAUGUGGGCAGGAGUGGUGGUCGACGACUGUCAAGCUCCGAACCCCAGAGACCAUCCAUGCCGAGGGCCAUCGAAACAGUUCCCCCGUUAUCAUCGGUACCCGAGAGCCCCUCCCAGAGCAAUGCGCAGCAGGAUGGGCUACCACAUACAGGGCGGUUGCACCGGGCCCUCGGUAGACGAAGACAGACUGUGCUGAAUCCGCACCAAGUAUCUGGCGGCUCAGGCGACGAUGUGUAUGAGUCGAGGGUUGUCGACUUUCUCGAUGUCAUUGACCCCGAGGUGGCGACUCUAUCAUCCAUAACCAACAUUCAAAACUCGCUCUUCUUGCCUUCACUGGGAAAGUGGGUGAACCGACGGCCGACAUAUGACCUCCCCCAACUACCGCCAAUGCCUGGUGCCUUCCCGCCUUCCAAGGAAAGUAUAGCCUCUGCUGCUGCCGCUGUCCAGGGAGAACAACAAGGAGAACACGCAGGGCCUCGCUCACCAAGCCUCUCAUCUGUCCUGACCUCGGAACCCCAAUACGCAAUUCUGCCCAACGAUGCUUCGCUUCAGGGAUGGAGGGAGGAGGACGUCAAGUUGCUGAACGACUAUGUCAGGCACAUGCUGCAUUCUCGACGAUCAAAGAUCAAACAGAGGUUCAAGGCAUUUGGAAAGUAUGUUAGGCGGCCGUUGGGGUUCCUGAUCACACUCUACGCCACUCUCAUCACACUGUUUGGGCUUGCCUGGGUUCUCUUUUUGAUCGGAUGGGUGUACGUUGGGGACUCGGAAAAGCAGUUGUAUGCGAUUGAUUUUUUCGUUGCCAGAUAUCACCGAAAAACAUGGAGGCGCCGCGAAAGAUUGGCGUUGCCCGAGCUCAAGGAUCACAACGAUUUGCCCAUUGCGGAAGAACACCGCAUUGCAGAUGAUGAUCUCGAAGCACAACAAACGCAACAGCGAUCAAGCUCGACAGAAAAAAUUACAAGAAAAGACAAGGACGAGUUCGUCCCAGUCUUGUCAGAAAAGCAGCAAGCACGCCUGAUUCAUCACCAGUCAAAGCUCGCCAAGUCACACACGUUUUUCAAACCUCACGAGACAGAAACCCACCACGCAUUUCCUUUGCGACUGCUUAUUGCCAUCGUUCUGUUGCUGGAUUUGCAUUCUUUGUUACAGAUUUCUCUAGGCGCCGUAACCUUUGGCAUUCCUUCCCACCGGAGACCUGUGGCGGCCACGACGACCAUUCUAUGCUGUUCCAUCGUCACAAAUAUCACGGCCGGGCUCUUGAUUACCAUUGGUGACCGCAGGACGAGGAAGAAGGAUGUCUUGGAGAGGUUAAUGAGGCAGGAGAUGACGGGCGAGGUGAUCAAGAAGAUCGAGAAGAAGAAGGAAAAGGAGAGAAAACAGGAAGAGGAGCUGAAGCAUGAACAAGAAACAGGAGAAAAACCCAGGAAAAGUCUGAGUUUAGCGUUGCCAUGGAAAGACACUUCCGGGGACGAGGGAACGCAGACGGGCCACGAGAAAGAAAAACGAGCUAGGUCUCUGUCGGUUCCUCGAACCAAGAGGAAGAAAGAAAAAGAAGAAGUGGGGAGAUUUAGCUCCGAAGUCGAAAGCACCCAGGGUGGAGGGAGCAAAGGCGCACAGGAUACUGAAAGACUCAAAAUGCCAGGGGCAUUUGAAGAAGACUAA